AUGUCUUCCACCACUGCCUCCAUCCUGGAGAACACCAAGCCCCACAACAUCACCGCUUGGAGUUACGAUAUCUCAAUCCAGAUGCUCGAGGAUGAUAUCUCCAAGCUGAAGAAGAACCCAACUCAAAACAACCUUGAGCAUAUCUUCAAGAAGGAGACUUCUAUCACUGAGAAGAAGAUCGCCCUCGAGAAGCAUUGUCGCCAGUUCGGCAUCACUUACAAGAAGUUCGGCACUGAGGAAAGUGAGAUCAAGCUUGAGUCUACCAACGGCGAGAAAGCUGAGACUAAGACCGAGACUGCCAAUGGCGAGGCCGGUGUCAUGACUAAGGACGAGGCCAAACACACUCCCGUCUCUUCUGCCGAGGUCCCUGUUCCUCUUGUUCAGGUCAACAAGAUGGAAACCGACAGCAGUGUCCCUCCUAUCGACGCUGCCACUGAUGCAGCUAACGCCGCUGCUCUUGACGAGAUCAUGUUCCCUCCUAUUACUGGAAUGCUCAAUGGCAUCUACUCUCCUCAGCCUCAUCAAAGCGGUAUGUCCGCUCAGGCCCUCCUCAACAGCGACUUCUCAUUCACCCGUGCUGUCGAUGCUGAGGUCGACGACCCCUUCAUUGCUUCUCCCGGCAAUGACACCUCCACCGGAUUCUUCCCUUCCUCACCCUCUUCCAACAUCAACCAAUUCCCCUCCUUUGGCGGCUUUGGAGGCGGCGGUACUGUCGGUCAGAUCAACGACGGCCACUUUCCCGUUGAGAACUACACAACCGCUGGCAUGAACAUGACCACUGAAGAGUUCAUUGCCCAAGACCUUGCCCGUCAGGAAGCUCUGGCCGCAUCCGGCAAGAUCGCUCACAAUGGUGUCGCCCACAGCGAUAUCCAAGACUUCGGCGCUUCUGCCGGACCCGUCAAGGAACCUGACUUCAAGGCCGACGACGAUGACGAGGACAUGACCUUCGAUGCUCCUGUCAUUGAGCACACUAAGGUCGUCAUUCCUGGCAUGGAGAAUGACGAUUUCUGAAAAACGACAGUCGGGGAGGAAACCUUUCUGAUGGAAGGACGAGGCGUAGAUACGUUGUAACAUAGACCGACGGUUUCUAGACAUGGAAUCAAGGCAUGAAGCCUGGGAUGGG